AUGAGCAACAAGUUCAAAGGUCUUUUGCGUGCAGGAAGCAUACUCAAUACGAGUAACAAGACACUUCCUUCAUACUCAUUCUCACAAUUCUUGUCAACAUCGACAUCGUUGACAACAACUCAAAGAUGUUAUAGCAGCAACAAUAACAAGAAUGACAACAAUGAUAAGUCAUCAUCAUCAUCAUCAUCUAAUGGUUCAUAUGCAGCGGCAGCAUUUACAUUGUCAUUGAUGUUACUACCUGGUGCAGUGGCAAUGUGCAAGGAAUGCUUUGAAGAGACACCAGAUCACAUCAUUCAAAUCAAGACUGGAUAUCAAUAUCCAAAGAGAAUGGUCAACAAAGAUCUGAACAUCGAUCAUGCCAUUGUAGCCAUUGGCAACAGAGUUAUGUCAUUCCUAAAGAUCAAUGUAUAUUCAAUGGCCAUUUAUAUUGAUGAUAUGGAGUUGACCAACAAGAAUGAGUUGAAGGAGCGAGCCAACAAUAUGCAAGUGGAGGAGUUUACAAAGUCAAGCAAGGAGGUGCUGGACAUGUUGAUUGAUAAGUGCGUGGGCAUGUCGUUGAAGAUACGCCCAACAAAGAAGGUCACCUGGAAUCACAUUUAUAGUGGACUCGAAACGAGUAUGACCAAUCUGGUGUGGCGCAAGAAUCAAAAGCUGGAGCUGGUCGAGAUUGAGGAGUGGCUGACGGACCUGCGCACAGUGAUGCCGCCCAACCAAGAGAUAUCGACACAGUCCGAGCUGGACUUUGUCCGCAACAAGGAUGGCAAACUACUCGUGCUGCUGGACAAGCAGUUGUUGCGCGAGAUCCAAGACGUACGACUUGGUGACACACUCUUUGAGUUCUAUCUUGGCUCUUCGUCCAAGGUGCCCGAGGUGCGACAAGAGUUCUACAGCAAGCUGUGGACCAUCCUCAGGAAUAAAAGCGAAUCAGUGGACAUAUCUACAAUAGGUAUCCACUAA